AUGAAUAAAGUGUUACAUAUCUCCUUUUUCUUAUUUUUUAUAAAUCUAUGUAUAAAUGAAGGCAGUGGAACAUCCAGAAAUGAAGUUCAUAAAGAAGAAAAUACAGUUGAAGUAAAACAUAAUUUACGAAAUGGAUUUUCAGGAAAAAAUAUUUCUUUAAAAGAUGAACAGGAUAAUGCAGAUUCCCAAGUAGAAGCACAAUUGCAGGCACAACUAGAGGCACAACUAGAGGCACAGUUAGAAGCAAAAUUAGAGGCACAAUCAGAUGAACAAUUAGAGGCACAAUCAGAUGAACAAUUAGAGGCACAAUCAGAAGAACAAUUAGAGGCACAAUCAGAAGAACAAUUAGAGGCACAAUCAGAAGAACAAUUAGAGGCACAAUCAGAUGAACCAUUAGAAGAAAAAUCAAGUGCAUUACCAGAUGGACAAUUAGAAACACAGUUAUCAAGAGAUGAAUCAAAUUCUGAAGAAAGGGCUUCAGGAAUUGUACAUAAUCCUGGAUCAAGCAAAGAAAAAGAGGAAGAAAAAGAAGAAGAGGAAGAUAAAGAAGAAGAGGAAGAAAAAGAAGAAGAAAAAGACAAAUCAUCACCGCAAGUCACUCCAGUACAUCAAGAUCAAGCGGGAGGUACAGUGUCUACUGGUCUUAGUGAAGAAGAAAUUUCUAAAAGAGAUAAACCUGAAAGUGAUGAAGAAGGAAGCACUGAAGUUGAUGGUAGAAGUAAACCCGUGGAGAAUAGUGAAGUUGAAUCCAGGAAUGAUGAUACAGAAGGAUCUAUGCUUACAGAAAGAGAUGUCUCUGCAGGGGAAGGUAUAUCUGCAGAUGGUCCUAAUCCAAAAGAACCCGUUACAGGAGAAUUGGGUACGGAAUCGUCGGAUUUAACACCAGAUAAUUCACCAACUAGAGAUACGCCUCCUUCUGUAUCAGAAGAUAAUCCAGACGAUUCAGAAACCACAUUACAAGAUGGUCAACAGGAUCAGGACAAUAAAGCACCUAAAGUGGAAGAAGUACCACCUUCAGAAUUGCCACCAUCAGCACCAGAAAAAGUGGAACAAUUACAAGAAGAAAACGAUUCACAGCUUCAACCACAACAACAUUCUCAACCACAUGGAGAGACACAACCAACCCAUAGAGAAGGAUUGCCAGAAUCAGAAUCAGAUGAACAACUGGAAAAUGAAGAAAGAUCAUUACCAGGUAGUCCACCUGAAAAGUUAGAAGAUCCCUCAGCAGAUGUAGCAUCAUCGUUAUCACAAGAACAAGCAAAAAAUUUACCACAGUCAGAUAGUACGGUCCACGUAGAAACAGUGAUACAUAAAGGAGAUGAAUCAGUUAAAAGGGAAAAACAGCAUGAAGAUGAAGAUAGUAGUACUGGUGAUGUUACAGAUGAAGAAAGUGCAGCAGGAAGAAGAGUAGAAGCAGAACAACAAAGAGCUGAUCAGGGGGAAGUUCAAGAAAGCGGUACUGAUAGUGAAGAAAAAGGAAAAGAAGAAGAGGAAGAUAAAGAAGAAGAGGAAGAAAAAGAAGAAGAAAAAGACAAAUCAUCACCGCAAGUCACUCCAGUACAUCAAGAUCAAGCGGGAGGUACAGUGUCUACUGGUCUUAGUGAAGAAGAAAUUUCUAAAAGAGAUAAACCUGAAAGUGAUGAAGAAGGAAGCACUGAAGUUGAUGGUAGAAGUAAACCCGUGGAGAAUAGUGAAGUUGAAUCCAGGAAUGAUGAUACAGAAGGAUCUAUGCUUACAGAAAGAGAUGUCUCUGCAGGGGAAGGUAUAUCUGCAGAUGGUCCUAAUCCAAAAGAACCCGUUACAGGAGAAUUGGGUACGGAAUCGUCGGAUUUAACACCAGAUAAUUCACCAACUAGAGAUACGCCUCCUUCUGUAUCAGAAGAUAAUCCAGACGAUUCAGAAACCACAUUACAAGAUGGUCAACAGGAUCAGGACAAUAAAGCACCUAAAGUGGAAGAAGUACCACCUUCAGAAUUGCCACCAUCAGCACCAGAAAAAGUGGAACAAUUACAAGAAGAAAACGAUUCACAGCUUCAACCACAACAACAUUCUCAACCACAUGGAGAGACACAACCAACCCAUAGAGAAGGAUUGCCAGAAUCAGAAUCAGAUGAACAACUGGAAAAUGAAGAAAGAUCAUUACCAGGUAGUCCACCUGAAAAGUUAGAAGAUCCCUCAGCAGAUGUAGCAUCAUCGUUAUCACAAGAACAAGCAAAAAAUUUACCACAGUCAGAUAGUACGGUCCACGUAGAAACAGUGAUACAUAAAGGAGAUGAAUCAGUUAAAAGGGAAAAACAGCAUGAAGAUGAAGAUAGUAGUACUGGUGAUGUUACAGAUGAAGAAAGUGCAGCAGGAAGAAGAGUAGAAGCAGAACAACAAAGAGCUGAUCAGGGGGAAGUUCAAGAAAGCGGUACUGAUAGUGAAGAAAAAGGAAAAGAAGAAGAUGAAGAUAAACAACAAGUAAAAGAAGUAGAAGAAGAUAAAGAAGAUAAACAGAAUAUACUUGAUCCAGUAAAUUUACCCGAGGGAACUACGCAUAACACUGUAGAUGAGAAUGAAAAGGUUGUAGAGGAAAAAGAAGAUCAACAAAAGGAAGAGGAAAAAGAAGAUCAACAAAAGGAAGAGGAAAAAGUAGAGAUUAAAGAGGAAGAUGUAAAAAAUAUUGUACAAGAAAUACUACAAGAGGGGGAAACAGAAGAAGCAGAAGAAGCAGAAGAAACUAGUGAAGAUUUAAGCGAAGAAAAUUCUCAAAUAAACGAAGCUGAAGAUAAAAAUAAAGAAUCGGAAAAGGAAAACGGAAAAGAAGCAAGUAAUGUUCCACCUAAUGACAUUACUGCUUAUAAGGAACUUUCCAUGGAAUAUGAACAUAUCAAUGAGGCUAAAAAGUUCUCCGACGAUUUAAUAAAAUCAUUGGUAACUUCAAUUGGUGGUGAUACUUCAACUGUUAAUGUUCUCAAAGACUUAGAAAAAGAUAUGCGUCAAUUUUUUCUGCAGAUAUAA